AUGAGAUAUAUGGAAGAUAAUUUUGCCGAUACAUCACGUGAAAUUACGUUUAUGGACGAAGAGAUAUAUGAAUAUAUAAGAGAUGUCGGUUACGUGGAACAAUUAAAAGUUAAACGAUGUUAUAAGUAUAAUACGAUCAAGGCCAAUAUUCGUUUUACUAAAGAUUAUGAACAAAUUAUUUUGCGAGGAGGCUCCAAUAUUAUUGUAGUCAGAAAUGGUCGUCAAUAUUUUUGCAGAAUGUUUGACUCGAAAUUGACGCCACGUGAAUCAGCGAAAAAUUUAGAUGGCAAGCGAUUAAGAAAAUCAUGA